AUGGAUAAUCGAGGAAACUACCGAACCCCCUCCCCGGGGCACCCUAUACAGCAGGGUUACCAGCUCGAGGACAAUCCCUAUGGCAGCCGGCAGAACCUCGAUAUUCCCAUGGGACCCCAGGCUGGUAGAUACAGCCCUGGCGACUCAUUACAGAUGCAGACAGCGCACUCCGUCGACAACCUGAGCGAGAAUCCCUUCCACAGCCAGGGCGACUUUGGCGUUCACCCGGAGCAGCACCACCAAGAUUACUACAACCAGCCCUACCAACCAUCCCCGCAUGGUGGCCACCCGGACUACGACCACGAACAGGGCUACGGCCAUGAUGGCCAAGCUCUUUUGAACUCGGGCGACAACUACGGCCCGGACCCGUACCAAGAUGUACCAACGCCGCAGCCGCAACAGCCCGCCGCGCCGAUCAAGAGAUGGAAGACAGUCAAGCAGGUUCUGCUCUACCGCGGCAACCUGGUUCUUGACUGCCCUGUUCCCCCGCGGCUGCUCAACCAGGUGCCCCACGGCGAGCGUGACGAGUUCACCCACAUGAGGUACACUGCGGCAACCUGCGACCCCAACGACUUUUACGAGGAGAAUUUCACCUUGCGACAGAGGCUCUUCAGCAAGCCUAGGCACACCGAGCUCUUCAUUGUCAUUACCAUGUACAAUGAAGACGAUAUCCUCUUCGCGCGCACCAUGAUCGGUGUGAUCAAGAAUAUCGAGUACAUGUGCCGCCGCACCGAGAGCAAGACCUGGGGCAAGGAUGCCUGGAAGAAGAUUGUGGUCUGUGUCGUCAGCGAUGGCCGUUCCAAGAUCAACCCCAGGACAAAGGCUCUGCUCGCUGGUAUGGGCGUCUACCAGGAGGGUAUCGCCAAGCAGCAGGUGAACAACAAGGAUGUGACGGCGCACAUCUACGAGUACACCACUCAAGUUGGUCUGGCCAUCAAGAACGACGUGGUGCAGCUUAUUCCCAAGCAACAGCCCGUCCAAGUGCUUUUCUGCUUGAAGGAGAAGAACCAGAAGAAGAUCAACUCUCACCGUUGGUUCUUCUCGGCGUUCGGCCGCGUGUUGGACCCCAACAUUUGCGUGCUCAUCGACGCUGGUACGAAACCUGGCGGCAACUCUAUCUACCACCUCUGGAAGGCCUUUGAUCUCGAGCCCAUGUGCGCCGGCGCUUGUGGUGAGAUCAAGGCCAUGUUGGGAACCGGCGGCAAGCAUCUCCUCAACCCGCUCGUGGCGGCACAAAACUUUGAGUACAAGAUGAGCAACAUCCUUGACAAGCCGCUCGAGUCGGCCUUCGGCUUCAUUUCUGUGUUGCCCGGUGCCUUCUCGGCGUACCGCUACGUCGCGCUGCAGAACGACAAGAAUGGCCAGGGCCCGCUCGAGAAGUACUUUGCAGGCGAGAAGCUCCACGGCGCAGGAGCCGGCAUCUUCACGGCCAACAUGUACUUGGCCGAGGACCGUAUCCUCUGCUUCGAGCUGGUCACCAAGCGCAACUGUCACUGGAUUCUCCAGUACGUCAAGUCGGCUACUGGCGAGACCGAUGUACCGGACGAGAUUGCCGAGUUGAUUCUGCAGCGUCGUCGCUGGCUGAACGGUUCUUUCUUCGCCGCCAUCUACGCCAUUGCCCACUUCUACCAGUUCUUCCGCUCUGACCACUCUUUCUUCCGGAAGAUCGCCUUCUUCAUCGAGUUCACCUUCAACACUAUCAACAUGAUCUUCGCCUGGUUUGCUAUUGGCAACUUCUUCCUGGUUUUCAAGAUCUUGACGUCUAGUUUGAGCGACCCGAAACUGCUUGGCAACGUGGGUAACAUCCUCAGCGUGGUCUUCGAAUGGCUCUACGGUAUCUCACUCAUCACCUGCUUUGUCCUGUCCAUGGGUAACCGUCCAGCGGGUUCCGGGCCUUACUAUAUGGCCAUGGUGAUCUUCUGGGCAGUCAUCUUUAUCUACCUCAUGUUCGCCGCGAUCUUCAUCUCAGUCCGUGCCAUCCAAGAAGAUGUUGCAGACGGCUUCCAGGUCUCGGAGCUGGUGCAGAACAAAGUGUUUAUCACGCUCAUCCUGUCCGUCUUGUCCACGUACGGCAUCUGGCUCAUCGCCUCGGUGCUCAUGUUCGACCCCUGGCACAUGUUCACCUCGCUGGUCCAGUACAUGCUCCUGACGCCGACCUUUACCAACGUGCUCAACGUGUACGCCUUUUGCAACACGCACGACAUCUCGUGGGGCACCAAGGGCGACGACAAGCCCGACAAGCUGCCCUCGGUCAACACCAAGGACGGCCAGGGCAAGACGGACCUGCCGGACGAGGGCGACCUCAACGCCCAGUACGAGCGCGAGCUGCAGGUCUUUGGCCGCAAGGAGGUCGUGGUCAAGAAGGCGCCGACCCCGUCGCAGCUCGAGGAGAAGCAGAUGGACUACUACCGCGGCGUGCGCACCAUCGUCGUGCUGAGCUGGAUGAUCACCAAUUUCGCGCUCGCGGCCCUGGUCCUUAGCACGGCCGGGCUCGAGAAGAUCACGCCCAAGGACUCGGGCGCCGACGCGCGCGCCAGCGCCUACAUGGCCGCCGUGCUGUACAGCGUCGCGGCGCUGUCGGCGUUCAAGUUUAUCGGCGCCUGCUGGUUCCUGAUUGUGCGGAUGUUUAGGGGCGUGUAG